AUGGCAAACGUACUCUUCGCCUCAUUGAUCGUUCUUCAUUUCAUCAAGUUUAGCUACGGUGAGAAUGCGAAUAUUAAAGAAUGCGCGACAGCAGGUCAAACACCUCGUCCCACAAUUCCACCGGAAUAUUGCCAAGACACAGAUCCCAAUGCGUGCGCUGGCUUGUUCCCUUUGAAUGGCGAUCAGGCAGCAAUGAAUCUCCAAGUGUAA